UGUAGGGAGUGGCUGCAGUGGAGGUGGAGGAACUGGGUGGAGUGGAGGAAGAAGUAGAACUGCAUAGUGAGGAAGAAGUAGAACUGCACAGUGAGGAAGAAGUAGAACUACACAGUGAGGAAGAAGUAGAACUGCACAGUAAGGAAGAAGUGCAAGUGGAUACUGAGGAUGAAGCACAUAUUAUUGGUGAAGAGAACUUGGAGGAGGUAGGUGAUUUGGGUAUUGAUUUGGACAAUAGUGAUUCAGAAUACAGGAUGGAAGACAGUGAUAACGAAGGACAAGGACAUGGUAGGGGAUUGUCAGAUGAUGAAUGGGAGUCAGAUGUGCUGUUAACUCCAGAUAAUAGUGGAAGUGAGGAGGAUGACACUGAGGACAGACCAAGUAGAGGUCCCUUUCCUACAUAUGGGAAAAAGAAGUCAAUGUUAGAUUACAAAUGGGAACUUGGUACUAUAUUUACUGAUAAGGAUGAGUUUAAGGAAGCCAUUAGAAGCUAUGCUAUUCAUGUUAGGAGGGCUCUUAAGUUUGUAAAAAAUAAUAACCGUAGGGUAAGGGUGAGAUGCAUGGGUGGGCAAAAAAAGUGUCCAUGGGUAGCUUACUGUGGGUAUUUGUCAUCACACAAGAUUUGGCAGUUAAGGAAGAUUGUUGAUGUUCAUUCUUGCAGCAGACAAUUGAACAUUAAAAUGAUGAAUAGUAAGUGGUUGAGUCAUGAAAUAGAUAAGUCUUUACAUGAGAAUCCUAGUAUAAGGGUCCAAGACAUACAUACUAAAGCAUUAAGGAAAUGGAACACCAAUGUAUCAAUUUCUAAAGCAAGAAGGGCGAAGUUAAUGGCAUCAAGUCAACGUGAAGGGGAUUUUAAAGAACAAUUUCAAAGGAUUUAUGACUACGCACAUGAGGUAUUGAGAAGUAACCCAGGGUCAACGGUUAAGGUUAAAGUGAACAGUGAUAAUGGUCAGUCCAUAUUCAAGAGAUGUUAUGUUUGUCUUAAAGCAUGUAAGGACAUUUUUAUUAGUUGUAGGCCCAUUAUCUGUUUAGAUGGGUGUUUUUUGAAAGGUCUUUAUAAGAGAGAGCUGCUUAUUGCUGUUGGGAGGGAUCCAAAUGAGCAAAUGCUACCCCUUGCAUAUGCAGUAGUUGAAGUCGAAAAUAAAGAUAGUUAGUCCUGGAUUUUGCAAUUAUUGGUUGAAGACCUUGGGGGCAAUGAAGUUUGUGGGGCGUACACGUGGAUGUCUGACCAGCAAAAGGGGUUGGUGCCAGUUAUCCAAGAGCUUUUGCCUAGGGCAGAACAAAGAUUCUGCAUCAGGCACCUUUAUGCUAACUUUAGGAAAAGAUUUUCUGGUCAGAUAUUGAAGAAUUUGAUGUGGAGGGCUGCCACAAGCACAUACCCUCAAGCUUGGGAGAGAGAGAUGUUGAAUAUCAGAGUAGUGAAUGAAGAAGCAUAUAAAUACCUCAUAGUCAUUCCCCCAAGGUAUUGGUCAAGAAGUAGGUUCAGAACUCAAGCAAUGUGUGAUACUCUAGAUAACAACAUCAGUGAAGGUUUCAACAGUGUUCUUGUUCAUGCCAGAGCAAAACCCAUUAUAACCAUGUUGGAGGAUAUUAGACUGUAUUUGAUGAAAAGAUGGGCCACGAACAGAACGAAGGUGGCAUUUAUGGAUUUUGAUGUCUGUCCAAAGAUCAAAAAAAGACUUAUGAAGGAAUUUAAUUUGUCAAGAUAUUGGAUCCCAAGCUGGUCUGCAAGAAGAAUUUUUGAGGUUAGGCAUGUUUCAGUUAUUGGGAACAAGUUCACAGUGGACCUGGACAAUGAAGAAUGUAGCUGUAGGAAGUGGAUGAUCAGUGGCAUCGCAUGUUGUCAUGCAGUUGCAUCAAUGAACUAUUCAAAUGUAGACCCAAAAACUUUUAUACCAAUUUGGUUCAGGAAAUCCACAUAUGAAGAGGCAUAUGCGUCCAUCAUCUAUCCUGUGAAUGGCCACCUCCUAUGGGAAAACACUAGUUCUCCUAAUGUACUACCACCACUUAAGAGGAAGAUACUUGGGAGACCAAAGAAAAAAAUAAGAAUGGAGCCAUGGGAGCUAACUAAGGAUGAGACUCAAAUGAGUGUUGGUGGGCAGCGAAAGAAAUGUAGCAUCUGCCGUGAAGUGGGACACAACAAAAAAGUGUGCCCUUUACGUCUAGCCAUCAUAGAACCAACAGAACCAGCACAGGCACAAAGUUCACAACCCCUUGCACCUUCACAACCAUCAAGUCCCCAAUCUCCUCACCCACCACAACCAACUCAAGAUUCCAUCCGAGAUUUAACUCAACCAAUAGGAAGGAAAAAGUUAAAUAUUAGAAGAAAAGAUCCAUAG